UUCGAUGUACACUUUACACUAAGAACGUUCUAAAAUGAAUUUCCUACUUGUGUUUAAAAUGAAUUUUCUAUUUUUAUUUUUACAAAUAUCCUUAGUGAGCUCAUAUUUAAAUUUAAACGAAAGUAAUUAUAAAUUAAAAUAUAUACUGAAUAAAUAUAAAAAUUCGAAUUGUGCUAAAUAUCGGAGGUGUGUUGCGGAGGUCAAUUUGGACUCUUUUAUUGAUAAAAGUUUAAAUUUUUUCGAUAAAACCUCGAGAUACGGUGAAUUUCUUAAUAGUUACAAUGUGAGUGAAUGUAAGAGGGACACCGAGGUUCAAGGUACGAAUUACAAUAAGAGACACAUCUCGAAUGGUUUACUAACUAGCCACGAAGUUUCGGACUCACAUUGGAAUGAAUAUAAGUCAGUUUACAACAAAGUGUACGAGAGUAUUCACCACGAGAUGGCAGCACUGGCAAAAUGGCGUAACAACUUGUUACGAGUAGUGGAACACAACAGGAGAUUUUUGGCGGGACAAAUAAGCUAUUCACUGCAUCUAAACCACUUUGGGGAUUUGGGAGCGCCGGAUUAUUUCAAGAAAAUAUUGAAGUUAUUUGACACAAAACCCCUCUUUGAUCCCGCUGAAGAUCAUCAUAAGACCACCUAUCGGAAGGUGAUUCAUCGCAGAACACCUAGGGAAGUGGACUGGCGUGCCAAAGGCUUCAAGCCUCGUCUAGAAGAGCAGUUCCAAUGCGGUGCCUGCUACGCCUUUGCUGUCGCUCACGCGCUUCAAGCACAAGUGUAUAGGAAAGACGGCGAUUGGAGAGAACUCAGCCCCCAACAAAUCGUGGACUGCAGUUUCAAGGACGGGAACAUGGGCUGUGAUGGGGGAUCCUUGAGAGCGGCGUUGCGGUAUGUGGCUAGAGAAGGUUUGGUCCCGGAAAGACAUUAUCCAUAUAUUGGGAAGAAGGGUCGAUGCCACUCCAUCAGGGCGGUGUCCCGAGCUCGCCCCCGUCGCUGGGCGAUGAUACCUCUUGGUGACGAGGACGGGAUGGAACGGGCUUUGGCCACGAUUGGACCCUUGGCUGUCGGUGUUAACGCGUCUCCAUUUACCUUUCAGCUCUAUCGAAGCGGUAUCUACGAUGAUCCAUUCUGCGUGCCGUGGGCUUUGAACCACGCUAUGCUACUAGUUGGGUACACACCACAGUACUGGAUUCUGCUUAAUUGGUGGGGUAAACAGUGGGGGGAGAAUGGAUAUAUGAGAAUAAGGAGAGGAUUUAACAGGUGCGGUGUGGCAAAUAUGGCUGCUUACGUAGAACUAUAAUUUGUAAAUCAAUAAAUAUAUUUUAUUUAGAAUUAUUUUUUUAUUUAUAUAUUAAUUUUA